AUGUCUCCUGCAAUUCCUAAAGAUUCAACGGUCCUUGUUACCGGCAUCAAUGGCUACAUUGGAUCUCACGUAGCUGAUCAACUGCUCAAAGCAGGAUAUCGAGUCAGAGGUACUACGAGAGAUGCUUCCAAAGUGAAGAAACUACUCGACCUUUGGGAGGAGCAAUAUGGAAAAGAUAGAGUGGAGGUGGCAGUUGUACCAAACAUGGCCAAUGAAGGAGCUUUUGAUGAAGCUGUGAAGGGUGUAACUGGAAUUGCACAUGUAGCAUCCAACUUGUCCUUCUCACCAAACCCAAAUGACGUUAUUCCAGAAUGUCUCGCUGGUGUAAAUGGCCUUCUUAAAUCUGCAGCCGCAGAACCGAGUGUUAAACGUUUCGUCAUUACAUCCUCGUCUAUGGCCGCAACAAGUCCGAAGCCCAACAAGGAAUUUUAUAUCGAUGAAAAUACAUGGAAUGAUGAAGAUGUCGAAGCAGCGCAUGCCCCACCACCAUAUGAGCCCUCGAGAACAUGGGCUGUCUACGGUUCUAGUAAAGUUGAGUCCGAGCGAGCGGUAUGGAAUUUCGUAAAGGAAAAGAAACCAGGCUUUGUAGCCAAUGCCGUCCUCCCAGAUACUGUCAUGGGUUUGGUUUUAGAUCCAGCACAAGGUUCUACCGGUGGCCUUGUUCGACAACUUUACUUGGGAGAUAACUCCAUGAUGAAAAACCUUCCUCCUCAGUAUUUCGUCGAUGUACAGGAUGUAGGUCGUCUUCACGUCUCUGCAUUGAUCGAUGAGGAUGUGAAGAAUGAGAGGUUAUUUGCUUUUGCCAAACCAUUCAACAAUAACAUUUUAUUGAGAACUUUCCGCAAACUUCGACCCAAUGCCAAAAUCAUGGAUGACUUUCAUGAUGAUAGUAUUAACGAUUUAUCCAAGGUUGCUAAUCAAAGGGCCGAAGAGCUUUUGAAAAGGGACUUUGGGCGUACUGGUUUUACAAGCUUGGAGAUAUCUUUGGCCAACACUAUUCAAGGACUCUGA